CCAGCAUGAACACCUCCAACACUACUGCAGGCGCCACGCCCGGGAUUUCCGAAUGGGUCAACAAGGCGAAGGGGCUUUCUCGUGAUGAUUCCUACGGGAAUGAUCAAAGACGGCUUGAGCAAGAGAUCGCAGCAUCUAGACUAGCGCGACAGCGUCGCAGUCGUGGGCUUGGGCUUGAUUCCGCGAGUCGGACAAACAGCCUAGAUCUAUCCAAAAGCAAUGAAUACUCCUCCGUCCUGGAUAACAACAGCACGACCUUUCCUCGGAGGACCGAGCUAAAUCAAGCAUAGAAAGACAGCAGAGUCAGGCGGACGCACUCAGUAAGCUCACUGCAUCUACAACGGCAACAACUUCCGCUUCCAGUCGACCUGAGCCCAUCUCGCUUGCUCAGUUCAUGGGCGGUCGAGCCUCUGGUCCUCGUCUCAAGAGACACGCUCCGCAGGCGGAUGCUCACGAUCCGACACAAUUCAUCCAACAGGCGCGCCCUGACGCGCCUCAUCCUAUCUUUGGCCGCGGGGGAAUCGGGGGCAUAGCGUUGCCAGGGAUGACUGCUAAAACUUCGACCCCUCAAGUCGUCGAUCAUUCUACUACACAGAGCCCUCCACUUCUUAGGACUCCGGAGUCGAAGGAAAGACGACGCAGCACACCUUCUCCGGAAAAACCCGAGAGAUCCGUCGUCGCUGGACUCGUCCAGCAGCGGGUUCGCGAACGUACACUCAGUACCCCUGGGACGAAGAACAGCCCCAUAGUUGUUUCACAGGUGUCCCGCACUCUCUCCACGACACCUUCACAGAGCCCGAAACCUCUUCCCUCGCAACCGGUGAACAUGCGCCCGACAGUGUCUGCGCCCGUGACUAAAUCUCCUGUUGUCACUGUGCCUCCUCCAAUGGCUCGUCCAAUUCAACCCGAUGUGCGAGCUUCUGCAUAUGCGGCUACUAGUAAACCAUUGAGUGCGGUUUCUCCGGCAUUCAGUCGGACCGCCGCUGCAAAGGAACUGACACCCAGCCUCAGUCGGCUGCAGGGCCGUGGAUUCGUGCAAGACAUGGUCAAGAAAAGCACUCUCCCCGAUUCCGCUGUUUCGACUCCUUCUCCAGAAAAGUCUCGACCUUCAUCAGCACGCAAAUCCUCCGUGCUCGAUCGAUGGCCCGUCGCUGAGCCAACACCCUCUCCGCCACCCUCUCCAUCUCCCAUACGUAAAUUCCAGACGGCCCCCAUUCCUGUCAAAAGCGCUCAGCUCACGAUGUUGAAACAACCCGAAGCUCAGCCUGUCAUAGUCAAACGAGUGGAACCACAGCCUGUCAUGGCCGAACAAGUUGAAGCUAAACCUGUAACGGUCAAGCAACUGGAAGAUCAGCCGGUGAUGUUCAAACGGACUGAAGCUCAGCCUGCGAUAGCCAAACGAUUCGAGGCACAGCCUGUAAUGGCCAAACGACCCGAAGCUCCGCCAACGGUCGACGAAUUCGGUGUUAAGCGCACAAAUGAUGCAAGCAGGCCACUGGUUCACCUCACGAAAGACAGAGCAAAGAAACCGCGGAAGAACAAAGAUGUUUCCCCCGAUACGACUGCUUCUAAAGCAUCUGACGUCCAGGAAACCAAGCCAUCAGUUGUUCUGAGAACUCCCAAGCCUGACGCUCAGGAACACAAGUCACCAGUCGUUCUCAUAACUCACAAGCCUGUUUCCGCGCCCUCAGCUCCGACGAUCGAAGAACCAAGGAAGAUUCCAAGUGGAAUUCGGCGGGCUUUGCCUGGGAUGACUGCAGGUGCAGGCGCAUUUCUUGCGACGAAGAGCCCAGCACCGCAGUCAAGCCCAGCGGCUGCUCCUAGGGCUCUUCCGGGUUUGGCGUCGACAGACUCUGCCCCAUUCCACAGCCGGGUCCCUAGCUCAGGCAACCGGCCGACUGUUAUGGAUGUAGCACAGGCUUUUGCUGAGCCCAAGAACGUCAUUGAAGAGAAACCUAUUGAGCCGCCAGCUGCACGUGCCAGAGUCGCCGUGCCUGCAUCUAGUGAAAGGCGCAAAUCUUCUUACGACAGGUAUUCGACCAUUUUACCCCCGCUCAAGGAAGAAGCGACUCCUGAUCCUACACCACACUCCACCCUCACCCGGAAGGUGCCCGUCGCCGAAGCACUCGCCGACCUUUCCGCCGUGACUAAGAAAUUGAAACAUUUGGAUCCACCACUGCCUCGCGUGGACAUUAGCUGUUUGAGGAACUAUGUUUCUCCAGCGCCUGCUGGGAUCCAAACGAUCCAAGUCGACGUACUCUCUAUCUCUGGUAGCUCGGCAGCUCCACUUGGGCUCGUCCAGACAUUUUACGACACAGAGGUCCUUGCUAUCAUCCAUCGAAGCAAAUCGAGUGCCACCGGGCUGAUUGAAUCGAGGGUUUGGUCUUGGCAAGGAAAGAACAGCAUCCUCGGCAGCCCGGAGGAACGCAAGCUCGCUGAACUUGCCAAGCGCUACGGGACCGUCACGGUCCCCACCUUCCAAAACGCAGAGCCCCUCGAGUUGGUGCAGUGUCUGGGCCGUCAGCUCAUCGUUCGCCAGGCAAGUUGCCUGUGCCACAUGGACUUGCAAGUUCUUAACCUGCCAUUUGAUCUAGGGGAACAGAUCGCAUUGGGCCAAGGAGAACACUGCGAUGCAUAUCGCCCGAGCCAAGGAUGGAGUUGCAGGAUCUUCAUCGAUCAGGUCGACAUCGACAUCCGCAAUAUCUGCAGUGGAUUCAGUUAUUGCGUGUCUAUCCUCGAGACAGUCUAUGUCUGGCAUGGCAGGGGAUCGACUCCUCCGGAACGCACGGCCGCUGAAGCAUACGGAAAAACCCUCACGGCCGACGGAGCCGAGAUCCUCAUUCUCGAGGAAGAGCAGAGCGAUGACGAUGACAUGUUCUGGAUGGCUCUCGGCGAAGAUCGGCUUUACGCACAGGCGGAUUACUGGAGAUGGAAACCCACUGUCGCGGGCAGUGAUCCUCGGAUCUGGACCAUUGAUGCUGAGGCAGAGAGUCCUAUCACCCCCGUCGCUUCAUUAUUCGACAAUCAGUCCUCGGUUUAUCUGGUUGACUGUCUGUUCGAGUUCUACAUUCUCGUUUCACGGGAUGCACGAGCUAAAAGACAAGACAUCCGUCUUGCCCUGUCCGUUGCGUCGGAUGCUGCCAAAAACGUUGCUGCAGACAGGCCGUACGCCCCAACCAUCCACGUGCUAGUUCUUCCUUCGCAGUUGCCCUUGGACCUCAGGGUGCAAUUCAGAGACUUGGACGCGUUUUCGGAUUCUACGGAGGGUGUCGAUCACAUGAAUCUCCUGACCGUGGAAGAAGCCAAUUCUCACCUUCAGACCACAUCGUGGCCAAAGAUCCAACUGCAGGACAUCUCGAUGCUUCCUCUUGGUGUCAGUCCCUCUCAUAUCCGAUGACAUCUUGAUAAGCACAGACUCUGCCCGUCUUUCAACCAUACCAUUUGUCACCCAGACUCUG